CUGGCUCAGAAUGUCCUUGUGUGAGCUCCGAAAGCUCGGAGAGGCAGAGAGGAUAGAGGGAAGCGAGAACAGAGACGCUAGCGGGUGCUGAGCAUAGGUCUAGUCUGCAGUGAGACUGAGUGUGCCAGAAGACAAGGCGAUAAAAGAAAAGUGGUCUGUUAGACUGAAUUAAAAAAGAGACAGGAGUUUGAUAGGGACUAAUAUCAUCAGCUUGUUUUUGUUUUGGAUAAAACUGGAUAAAAUUUUUCUAGACACCUUGCUUCCAUUUUGUUUGGAUAGUCUUUUCUUCUUCAUCACCUUUAUCAUCUUCUCACCUUCCUCCUCUCUGAAAGUCAGUGUCAUCAUGGAAACUGGAAGCCCGAGGAAGAUACAGUUCACCGUCCCCUUACUGGACACCCACCUGGACCCAGAGGCAGCUGAACAAAUCAGAAGACGCAGACCCACACCUGCAACUUUAGUGGCAUCCAGUGAUCAAUCAUCACCUGAAAUAGAUGAAGAUCGGCUCCCAAACCAGUUAUACAAGGCAGCCCUGUUGAACUCCCCUCGACAAAGGCGAAAAGGGCAAAAGGGGACACCCACAAUGAAAGAGCUGCAGUUCAUGGUGGAACACCACCUGUACCGGCAGCAGCAGCAGGGAGCGGGGGACGAAUGCUCCUCAGAGAGCUGUCUGUCCGACCGGCCCAGUCCUGACUCUUUUCCCACCGGAGAGGAGCUCCCACAUGAUGAUGAGGCAACUGCAGAGGCUUUUGAGAAACUGCGCUUCCAAAUGGAAGAGUUCUCAAGGGAUAGUCUAUUAGAAGCUGCUGGAGGACUCGAAUGCCCUCUCCCCAAGGAAAAGGAGGAUUGUUCAAAUGCUGGCAGUGUAGCAGAUCCUUCAUUACAACAGAGGAGUGCACAAGCAGAGUCAAAAGCAGGAGCCUCCAGUGCGGAUCAACCAGUUGAGGAGCAGUUGAAGAAAUGCAGCUUGGAGAAAGAAAAAUAAAGCAGUUCUCUUUGCAACACAAUGCCAUUUAGUCUGCUCUGUCAGCCCAACAAAGUGACAAAAGAUUGUGUAUGCAGAUUCAUUUUUGAUAAACGUCAGGGCAUCUCUAUUCUUCUACAGUCAGGCCUUAGUUACCACCUCAAAAUCGAAUAUUUCUACAUUUAUUUUGUGAUGAAACAAUCUGUGUAAAGGGACAAUUAUUUAUUCAUAUUUGUUUGUUUCAGAUUUCCCUGCACUAAUCUAAAAUCAGCCUACUGUGUGAAUGAACUUCAGGUGGUCUUCUCCCAUAUCAGCCACACAAUCAUGAUCAUAUUGUUCCACAAUUAACAUGCUUAAUGUCCUUUUCAGUGGCUGUGAAUAAUUCUACUAUAUUUUCAAACAUUGCACAUGUGCCAUGACACCAACUAUUAUAGUUCCAUCUCAAAGCAAUAAAAUUGCAUCUGCGCCUCAUAAAAGAGCCAUGUCUAUGGCCAAUCCAUAUUCAAAUGCUCAUUUAUCUGGUUAAUUGCAAAUUAGGUGUACAAGGUUGACUGACAGCUUCCAUUAUUAUUUGUUUUUGUAUUCAUAAACUGCUGGGGUAGACGUUUAAAAAAUCCUCUAUUGUCUUAAUAAUUUGAAAUCAAAUUUAAGAGCUGCUUCAGCACAUUGAGCUAUGAAAGCUGGUUUAAUGCUUAAUCAUUUUGACAAAUGCUUCAGAAUUAAUCAGCAUUUAUUUAGAUAAUGGACUUCUAGUCUGUUUCACAAACAUCUGACACAACUAUGUUUGUCUUUCAAUCAAACCGAGCAUAUGCACAACAGGUGUUAAAGCUUGUGUUUUCUUUGGGGUGUAUUUCCUGCCUGCAGUUUAUUAUCAAGUAUUUCAUUAUUCAUUACAACAGUGAUUGCGUUUUACUGCUAUAAAUGUCUCCAACAUCUGGAUGGUGCUGUGCCUGAAUGUCUACACUGUGAGGCACAAACAGAGCUCCUGCCUGCUGCCUUCACCUUCUGUAUGGAUGUUUUAUGGUUUUGGAUGGAGCAAACAUCUUAAACAGCACUUUUGUACUUGUUUUCUUGUUAUUCAAAGAGGAAACUCUUCAUGACUUCAUUAAUUUUUUAAGAUGGCAUCUAUACUAGCUGUGAAAAAUCUAAUUCAUUUGAUUUAUGAACAGAUUUAUACAUGGCAUUAAGACUCAGUGUUCAGUUUUAUCAGUUGUUGAUUACAAAAGGAAAAAAAAGCAGCCAGAUGCAGCCAUUUUUUUUCAGUAGUUGAAUAUAUCUUUCCAUCAAUAAAAAAAAAACUUUUCAUCUGAUACAAGAUAUUUUGCUCUUUUUGGAAUUACAUUUUAAUCCAUAGAGACUUUAAAGGCUCCUGCCAGUCAAAACAGAUGAAAUACGCUGAAGGAUUUUUACAUUGGAAAUACUCCGUGAGAGAUCUUGGUAUUUUUUUUAAAGAAAUAAAAACAGUGUCUUACACAAGCAUUUUUGUAAGACUUAAGUAUUACAAAAAUCAAACGUAAAUCAUCCUUAAAAUAUAGUGGUUAGUUAAAAGUGUGCAAAUACGCUUGUUACAGAUGGAGGCUUUUGCUGCUUGGUUUACAUACUUUGAAUAGACGAGAACAAAUCCUGUGACUAGUGAGCAAAUUGAAUUCCCAUUUUUGACACUUGGAUGCUUAUUGGACAUCUGAAUCUUAGUAAAAAAACACUGUCUUGCAUGGCACUGAAUGUACAGUGAUGACCUUUUAUCUGAAUCAAGGAUGUUCACUGUGCUUUACUUUCUACAAAAAGAGAUUAAACAUCCUGCACACAAAGUAGUGUAUUUGUAAGCAGAUUGGUUCCAUUGAAACAUUACCUAUCCACGUGGCAUCCUGUUUUUAUCCUGGUUUUGUAUUUAUUAGAAGUUAUAAAGUCAUCAACACACUCUUAAAUUGUGUACCAUCUGCUAUCUAUAUCACUGAAAUGGCAUUCUCCUGUAAAUGUUGUGACAAUCCUUCAAUAACCUUAAUAUCAUACUAUCUUCGUCAUACCGUCUUCAUAAACUAACAAACAAAACCUAAACAAAAAACGGAGUCACCUUAGUGUUGUUGUCACUCUCAGCAGUUUCUUUCCCAGUUACAACAGUGACCACUUUCUCGAUAAAAAACAACAGCGAUAGUAGGCAUUCCUGUAAACUUUUUUUCCAUUUUUUUUCUGCUGUAUAUCUACGGGCCAUGUAACGUUUGUUGUAUUUUUGAAUGGUUAUAGUGUACUUUACAUUAAUUUAACCUUGGGAAAUUUUGUUCCAGUUUUACUUGAAUUUAUAGAGGAUUACAUCUGUAAUCUAAAUUUCUUUGAUACAAUUAAAUAUUUAAAUUGGUGAUGA